AAAUCUUUCAUAUAGUUUUCAGAAGAUGGCUUAAGAUGCCUGUAAGAAGAUUCUUAAGGAAUUUUCUUUCGGAAAACAAUGAAUGCAGCUAAUAUUGCUCUGGCAUCUUCGUUAUUACGGACAAUUAACAUUUUUAAGUAUUCCACACACUCUGAAUACUGUGUGGAAGAUCACCCUAAUACUAGAGCAAUACUAAAACUAAAUUCUAUGUGGAAAAUGAACCAGCAACUUUAGGGACAGUGAUGUAAUCUGACAACUACUAACCAUAUAAUAUAUCUUGCAAAUUUCUGUUUAACUUGACCCUGGAGCAGAAGAGUAAUACUUGGUUCUCUUAUCAUUUUGGCUACAUUCUAAACUUCUAUUAAAGACGUAAAAAACACUGUUUCCUGGGAGUAUAUUUUGGUAGACUCAUUCUUAAAAUGGUGUAUUUCUGUUCUUAUUCUUUAUUUGCUCCUUACCUUUUUAUGUAACAUUUCAGUUCAACAACAACAAGCAAAGCAGCUCUGCAGCAUAUGAAAAUGUAUUCUUAAAAAAGUCAGCUCUGUGGGAUGCAGUAUAAUAUAGAAUGCAGUUGUAUCUGCAAGACAGCUUAAAAUGUUAUUGCUUGUCUUUUCUCUGUGCCCCUCUAAGAAGAGUCUGGCUGCAUAUUCUGUACGCAUCCCUUUGGGUACUGCUAUGUAGCAGGUAAUCUUUCCUAACUGUCUCAUCCCAAGACUGACCAGACCCUGUGUCAUCAGCUUCCUCUUAUAUUUGUGUGCUUCAGUCUUCUAGUCAUGUUAGUGGCUCUCUGCGAGGCCUGUUGUGUCAAGGAAAUUGCAGUUUUUCAAUAGACUUAAUAUGAACUCAGUUUCUUUCCAGAGGAUUAAGGUAAACCGAGUGAAUUGUUAGGCACUUAGUUUAUAACUAUUUAGCAGAAAAAAAUCAUGCAGUAGAGGCUUGUUAAAAGUUGUUAAAAUAUUGCUUUCUCUUACUGAACAACUGAGCUAUUAAAUAAUGAAGAAAUAAUAGAUGUUUUGUUUUGCUUCUGGAAGGAUUAUAGUGUCCUAUAUUAACUUUAAUUUGCCUUUGAAUUUAAUUUUUAAUUUAUUUGUUUUUAAUUUAAAAACCCACCAACCAAACUCUCAAACCCAUCUUCAACAUCACCAACAUUUAAUUUAAAAUCCCACCAACCAAACUCUCAAAACCAUCUUCAACAUUCACCAAAUUAAACAGAUUUAAUUUUUAACUCAGAGAGCAUUUUAAAUUUAUUUCAACAUACUUAAAUAUGGUUGAGUCUGCCCAGAUUUUGCUCGAUUUUUGUUAAAUUUGGGUAUGGCCUAAUACCAGGUUGAAGUCCAUCCCAGUCUGAGCUGCCUCCUGAAGGGCGAUCAUGUUCUCUUCAAUCUGCAUGUUCCUGUCUCUUCCCUUGAGUUGUCCUCUGCACUUGUGUAGCUUCCUACAAAGGAAGGCUGUGCAGCAAUCUGAGCAAAAAAGACACAUUUCCUAUUGUGGCAUCCCAGGCUAAGAUUGGCUUAGUUCUGUUGUGAAUACACAUCCUCAUGCGUGUUACGCUUGCAGUAGUUGAGUGAUUAGAUGAUGUCAAUCUGGAGAGGUUGCAAGCGCUUUGGAGUUCAGUAUGUAAGUGAUUUUUAAAAAUGAGUUUAAAUCACUAAGUUGAAAUUCAAUAGCAGUUAAGUACAAAGUAUUAUGGAAAGAGAAAUUCAGGGUGCAAAUAAAAAAUUGGGAAACACUCAGAUAAUUGUUUUGUACUUAUAGCAAUGUUGGCUCAGGUUUAAUAGCACAAACACUAAGAUUUGCUGAGGUUACAAAGAAACAGCACUUCUAGCUUUAGCAAUAGAAGUAUUUAUUGUCUUUUUUACAGGGGCUCUGGUGUCCCUGUGGAUCUGUUGAAUGACUGGGCUAUGUAUAUGGAUAUUUUCCAGUAGGAAGACCUUUUGUUUUCUGUAAGAUGCUAUUACCUCAAGUGUUAAUGAGUUUCCAUCUAUGAAGAUGUAAUUAUAUACCUUAAGUAUUUAAUUAUAACUUUGAAAAAUCUUCAUGAGCAAUCUCAAAGGAAUAUUUGGAACACACUCACGAAUGUGAGAAGUGGAGGAACUGCAGUUAAUUUCAAUACUGUAAUAUUAAUCAAAAUUAUUUUCGAAUCUGGGAGGCUGAAUAUCCUUGCUUUUUAUGGAGACAUCAUAUGUAAGCAAUAUCUAAGUCUUUGUAAGACUAUUGCCCAAUAGACUAGAAAAUGGAGACACAGCUAGACCCCAUGAAGGAUGAUUUGCCCUUAAUGGCCAACACUAACUACAUGCUUGUAAAGCAUUAUAUAUUGGAUGUGGAUGUGGAUUUUAAAAGUAAAGUUAUUGAAGGCAUCAUAGUUUUAUUCUUUGAGACUGGGAGCCAGUACAGGAAAACCAGCAGUACUGGCAAAGAAUGCUGCCAGUCACAGUUUGAUGAAACCUGUAAAGUGAGGGCAUGUGAACCCUGCUACGCUCCUGUGACAAAUGUGAGUGCCUGUUCAUCUAAACCAGAAUAUAAUGAUUUUGCUGUCUGUGGUAAAGGUGAAGAAGAUGCUUCUGAUAAAAAUGGUAACCAUAGCAACGAGGCACAGGCUUCUGGGAUUUCUAGUUCAAAAGACAUCUGUGACAUAGAGAAUCAUGGGAACAAGGAUUUUCUGCUGGUACUGGACUGCUGUGAUUUAUCUGUGCUGAAGGUUGAGGAGGUAGAUGUUGCUGCUGUGUCAGGCAUUGAAAAAUUCACAAGGUCUGCCAAGCUAACGGAUGUUUCAAAGGAGCUAGAAAAUCUCAGGAAUCAGAUUGUACAUGAACUUGUGACUUUACCUGCAGAUCGCUGGAAGGAACAGCUAUACUAUUUUACUCUCUGCAGCCAAGCACCUGGCUGUGGAGAGCUUCUGUUUACUACUGGCACUUGGAGCCUAGAGAUAAGAAAAUCAGGAGUUCAGACUCCAACAGACUUUCCUCAUGCAAUAAGAAUAUGGUACAAAACCAAACCAGAGGGAAGAUCUGUUACAUGGACUACAGACCAGAGUGGCAGGCCAUGUGUUUAUACGAUGGGAUCGCCAAUAAACAACAGAGCUCUCUUCCCAUGCCAAGAGCCACCUGUUGCCUUGUCAACGUGGCAAGCCUCAGUCCGAACAGCUGUAGACUUUGUUGUGUUAAUGAGUGGUGAAAACUCAGCAGAGCCAGUCCAGCUUGAAGAAGGUAUCUUGAGCUGGUACUACUAUGUGACUAUGCCAAUGCCAGCAUCCACCUUCACUAUUGCUGUGGGGUGCUGGCAGGAAGUUAAACAGCAGGGCUUCAUAGCUCCUAUCCAGACAAACCCUAAGUUUUCCUUGCCAUCUUCACAAGCUGAUUUCAGAUGGCAUGAAGAAAUCUGCGGUCAUGUGGAAUAUCCCUGCCGUUUCCAGGAUCCUGCUGCCAGGUUGCAGGCAGUCAUUCCUUACAGAGUCUUUACUCCCUGUUGCCUUAUGGAAUGCUGCGAAAAACAUUUGCUUCAGCUAAUUCCACAGUGCCUCUCAGCUGCUUACACCACACUGGGUACCCACCCCUUUUCCAGGCUUGAUGUUUUGAUAGUUCCUUCCAACUUUUCCAGCCUGGGAAUGGCUAGCCCACACAUCAUCUUCCUGUCACAGAGUGUACUAUCGGGAUGGAGCCAGCUCUGUGGAACACGUCUGUGCCAUGAAAUUGCUCAUGCUUGGUUUGGACUGGCCAUUGGUGCUCGCGAUUGGACUGAAGAGUGGAUAAGUGAAGGGUUUGCCACUUUUUUAGAAGAUAUAUUUUGGGCUAGGGCACAACAGCAGCUGUCACAUGAUGAAGUAAAAGGGCAGCAGGAAUUGAAAGCUUUACUUCGCUGGCGCCGACUGAGAGAUGAGGUGCAGAACUCUGAAGAAGAGCUGCAAGUUUUAAGGCCCAAAAAGGAGAGCACAGGAGAAACGAGUGAGUCGGGAGCAUCCAUUGUCAAACAUGGUCUUAAAGCAGAAAAAAUCUUCAUGCAGGUUCACUAUUUGAAGGGUUACUUUCUUUUGCGGUCUCUGGCAAGGACAAUAGGAGAAGCUUCAUACCUUUCAUCUUUACGAAAAUUUGUCCAUAAGUUCCAUGGACAGCUUGUCCUUUCUCAGGAUUUUCUUUGCAUGCUGUUGGAAGACAUACCUGAACAAAAAGAAUCUGGAUUAACUGUAGAAAGCAUCUUCCAGAAUUGGCUUGACACUUCCGGAAUACCAAAGCCUUUGCUGGAGGAGGGUGAGACGUGGAAGGAGAGUCGGCUCGUCCAGCAAGUGAGCGGCGAGGUCACAAAAUGGAUUCAGACAAACCAGAUGAUGAGAAAAAGCGGCAAAAAGAAAAGAAGGCUGGAUGAAGUUGUUUUCCAGAAGCUUCUCCCUGACCAGCUGGUCUUACUUCUGGAGUCUCUCUUGGAGGUGAAGACGUUGUGUCCUAGAGCACUGCAGUGCUUAGAGAAAACGUACCAGCUCCGGGAGCAAGAUGCUGAGGUUCGGCAUCGGUGGUGUGAGCUUAUUGUUAAACACAAGUAUGUGCCUGGAUAUGAAGAUGUUGAGAAAUUUCUCAGAGAAGAUCAGGCAAUGGGUGUGUAUCUCUAUGGUGAAUUAAUGGUGAAUGAAGAUGCAAAACAACAAGAACUUGCACGUAAAUGCUUUGCUGCAGCACGAGAAUAUAUGGAUGCGUCCUCAGCCAAAGUGGUGGCAGAGAUGUUGUUCUGAAGAGGAUAUCGUGGCAGCUCCAGUUGGAAACAACUUACAGCUGUGGCUGUUGUUCCAGGCUGUUGAUGGACCCGUCCUCCGGUGCCUACUGAGCUGAUAUCAGUUCUGAUUUUACACACUGGCUCAGUUCAGCAGGAACAGGAGUCGAGCCCUAGAGCAAAAAAAGAUGUACCUUUUGUCAGAGCCUUUGAGAAAUGUUACUGUUUUCUCCCUACACCCGAAUCAGUAUAUGUUAUGGUGUCCUGAUGUUAAACCUUAAAUGGCCCAAGGUGGAAAAACUACCUCAGUACUAUUUAAAGAACUGUUGGCUUAAGAUGAGAAGGUAUGUGGGUAUGUAGCAUAUCACGGUAUUGCUCUGGUAACUGACUUCCAGCAUGAUUUUCAGAGUAACCUGCUAAUAACCAAGCGAAUGUGCUUGCACUGUGAAUCUUCCUUGUUUUCUGAAGACCUUGUUGUGGCAGCUCUAGAAAUCUAAAGAGAUCAUUGUAACUCUGUAACCACAGUUAUGUUCUACUGGUAACCUAAAAAAUUACUCCAAUUGGAAGGCUGGGGCAAUAAAGAAUGCAUAGAUACUCCUUCAUCGUGACAGAGUAAUAACUUUUACUGCUGUUUCCGUUGCAGGAAAGAUCACAGAGAAACUCUUUUAAUAGAUCUCCUACUAAACUCUGAUGGUACUAGGAUUUCUUUGACCCAGGACAUCAAAGGAAGGAUUAUGUGGCUGCUAAAACAAUCAUCUGACAGAAACAUUUACCUCUCAGUAUUUAUGUCUUACAGAGGCUCACUGUACCCAAGACCGCACAUGUGCAAAACAAACUACACACACACAUUACCGUGGCUUUAGGUUGUUCUUUAGUACAAGAAAUUUGGGGUUUAUCCUUGCUCUUUGGUGAAACAACCUUUCCACUUUGUAGAUGUCAGGGACUCUUGAUUUAAAUGAUUUCAUGCACUUCAGUAAUUUGGCUACCAUUAAUAAUCUCUGAAAUUCAAUGAAACUAUAUUCCGUACUUAACAUUUUGUUUAAAACCUUUAUGCCAAAUGAAAAAGACAAUAUAAAAUUAGCAGGAGUUGGGGUGGGGCUGGUGAGGUUAAUUGGAAGGGGAAAGAACCUGUGAAAAGUGACCAGCCAUCAUCCUGGAACUAAAGAAAGCACAAAAAGAUCAUCAUUCUCUCUCUGUCUUGUUUAAGUUAACUUUCACCAGAAAUGCCAGACCUUCCAUUUUCUGAAGUGUCUUCCAUACCCCUAUGCUGUUCCUUUUGCACAGUGAUUGUACCAAGUGUAGCUCUUCUUUCCUAGGAACAUACUGCUCCACUGAUCAGAAAACACCCUAAUUGUUCCUUUCAGAGAGUAAGAACUUAAAUUGCACAGAUUUCUGAACAUACUUACCCGUGCACUCUUGUUUUACAUCAAAUACUCUUGUAAAAAUAAAUACUUUUCUCAAGUA